GCGAAAAUUCCCAUUAACUACAGCAUCAACAAUACAAAUCCUCAGUCGCCAAGAUGAUGAAGAAAUUCGCUCGCGCCUACUCUUCGGCGUCAGCCACCCUUGGCUCAAACCCUGUUCCUCCUUCAAAGAUUCAAUACAUUCCUACUUCAGGAAAAUACCCCAAAGGCUUUAUCGCUUCAGGUGUUUUGGCUGGUGUCAAACCUGGCAAUACCAGCAAGCCCGACAUCGCCCUCGUCACUUCUGAUCGUCCCUGCGCCGCUGCUGGUGUCUUCACAAAGAAUAAGUUCCAGGCUGCUCCUGUGACCUAUAGCAGGAAACUUUUGCAGCAGAAGAAGAACGCGGGCCUGCGAAGUGUGGUUGUCAAUUCUGGUAAUGCGAAUGCUGUCACCGGCACCGGAGGUCUUGAAGAUGCUACCAGUAUGGCCCGCACGACAGAUCAGAGAGUUGGUGAUGAGGACUCUACUAUUGUUAUGAGCACUGGAGUAAUUGGUCAGAGGCUGCCAAUUCAGAAGAUUCUCGACAAGAUCCCCACAGCUGUUAGCAAGGCUGGUGGUUCUCAUGAGAACUGGCUUGAAUGUGCAAAAGCUAUCUGUACCACAGAUACUUUCCCUAAGCUCAUGUCUCGAUCCUUUGAGCUUCCUUCUUCUCCAGGCGUUGAGUACCGCAUUGCUGGUAUGACAAAGGGUGCAGGCAUGAUUGCCCCCAACAUGGCGACUCUUCUUACCAUCCUGGCUACCGAUGCUCCUAUCUCCCCUGAUGUCAUGCCCAAUGUUCUUCGACAUGCGGUGGACCGGUCAUUCAACUCCAUCACCAUUGAUGGUGACACUUCUACCAAUGAUACUGUUGCUCUUCUUGCUAACGGUGCCGCUGGCGGAAAGGAGGUCACUUCUGAGCAGUCUCCAGACUACCAAGCCUUCCAGAAGCUCCUCACCGAGUUCUCUGUUGACUUGGCCAAGUAUGUCGUCCGAGACGGUGAGGGUGCUACCAAAUUUGUUACCAUCCGUGUCGUCGACAGUGCUUCUGAGGAGGCAGCCCGUGAGAUUGGUCGAUCCAUCGCCAAAUCCCCCCUCGUUAAGACUGCUCUGUACGGAAAAGAUGCCAACUGGGGCCGUGUCCUUUGCGCCACCGGAUAUGCUCUCAUUUCUCCUCCUGGCCAACCUGUGAAUGACGUUCCUGAGAUUACUCCCGAGCGCACCAAUGUCUCCUUCGUCCCUACCGAUGGCUCAGCUGAGCUGAAGCUGCUCGUGGACGGUGAGCCCGAGCAGGUCGACGAGAAGCGAGCAUCGGAGAUUCUCGCCAUGGAAGAUCUUGAGAUCGUUGUCAAGUUAGGUACAGGCGACAAGUCUGCUGUGCACUAUACCUGCGACUUCAGCCAUGACUAUGUCACUAUCAAUGGUGACUACCGAACUUGAGGGUUGCUAAGAAGGAGUUGACGAUCUUAUCAAAAAUAUAGCCUGAAUUGCAUGUCUACAUGAGCCGAUCUGUGAAUUUUGAUAUGAUUAACAAGAUAUCUUGUAUGGAUGCGUAACGAAUGCGGCAUGCAGGGUCUUGAGGAGACAUGCCAGGCAACGCAUUGUAAAUAUUUCCAGAAGCCUG